CCUGAGGGGCUUCAAGUUGGAACCCUCCAUGCCCCAGCAAUCUGGCUACUCAUCCAAAGCCCUGCUGGGCUCCCACGCUGCUGUGCCUUCUGCCAGGGGGAAGCCAAGCGCAGUGAUGCUUCUAGGACCUGGUGCAAUGUGGUUUGGCUUCCCUGCGUUUUAGCCAAAGUUGAUGGGAUUAUCUGAGGGUUGUUUUCUCUCCUUCCUUGCCGUGAGAAGAUCCCAAUUAACACGUGAAGAAGUGAACGAGGGGAUUAUCUGAAUCCGCCCACUUUGCUGGGGUCAAGAAGGCUCUCCUUCCCAAGCACCAAAGGCGAGGUCUCUCUUUUGGAUGUAGGUUUGCAUGGGAGAGAUCACCCCCACCAUCCCUGUUGAUCAAAGCUCACUCUGCAACAACAGGAGAUGGAGAAGGAGGUUGUGAAAUCUGUGGAUAACCAAAUGGAUAAAUACAUAGUGACCAUAAUGGGGAAGUCAGAAAGCCAAAUGGAUAUUGUGGAAAAAUCUACCAGAUCUGGGCAGAAGUCCUGGAGCUUGGUAGCUGUCGGCCUGUCUGUCCUGCUAGUCCUCAUGACCUGUGCUGUGGUCACCCUUGUAAUUCUGUACUCGCACAGCAGAGAUAUACAGUAUGGUGCCAGUCCAGAGAACAUAUGUACCACGCAUGGAUGUGUAACUGCAGCUGCCAGAAUAAUUCAGUACAUGGACCCGACGGCAGAGCCCUGUCAGAAUUUCUACCAGUAUGCCUGUGGAGGCUGGCUCAAUCGGCAUGUCAUCCCAGAAACCAGCUCCAGAUACAGCAUCUUUGACACUUUGAGGGAUGAACUAGAGAUUAUUCUCAAAGGGGUGCUGGAGACACCGGAGCAGGAAGAUCGAGAAGCCUUCCAGAAGGCAAAAAUGCUUUACAGAUCCUGCAUGAAUGAGAGCUUUAUAGAGCAACACGAUUCAUUGCCUCUGCUAGAAGUCUUGCGUGUGAUUGGAGGUUGGCCGGUGGCUUCCGCAGACUGGAAUAUCACAAAUGAACCAAGUUGGAAUAUGGAAGAUGAACUUGCCUUACUGAAUUUCCAGUUUAACACACGAGUCCUCAUUGAUAUGUUUGUAUGGCAUGACGACCGGGAUUCCAGCAGAAAUAUAAUUUAUAUUGACCAGCCUGGGUUGGGGAUGCCCUCUAGAGAUUACUACUUUAAUGAUGGCAACUAUCAAAAAGUUAGGGAAGCUUACGUCCAGUACAUGAUCACCAUUGCCAAGAUGAUCAGGGAAGAUAUGAAUGUAUCCAAGGAUGACAACUUUGUCCAGGAAGAAAUGCGAAAGGUUAUGGAGUUUGAAACAAAUAUUGCAAAUGCUACAGUGCCAGCAGAGGAAAGGCACGACGUGACUUUGCUAUAUAACAAAAUGACUGUUGCCGAACUCCAGGAAAAGUUUGAGCUGAGUGAGUUUAAUUGGACACACUUGAUCCAGAGUGUAAUGUCUUCGGUCAACAUUGAGAUCAGUCCAAAUGAGGAGGUAGUUGUGCAUGGAGUUCCGUAUCUCCAGGAGCUAAAAGCCAUCAUUGCCAGUUAUUCAGCCAGCACUAUCCAAAACUACCUGGUAUGGCGCCUGGUGCUUGACAGAGUUAACGGCUUGAGCCGGCGUUUCAAAGAUGCCAGAGCAAACUUCCGAAAGGCACUUUAUGGUACAAUGCUGGAAGAAGCUCGAUGGCGGGAAUGUGUGAGCUAUGUCAACACCAACAUGGAAAAUGCCGUUGGAGCUCUGUACGUGAGGGAGACUUUCGCUGGCAAGAGCAAAAGGAUGGUCCGAGACCUCAUUGAAAAAAUUCGUGAAGUGUUUAUCGAGACCCUGGACGAAUUGCAGUGGAUGGACGAGGCAUCGAAAGGAAAAGCUCGGGAGAAGGUGACUGCAAUUAGAGAGCAGAUAGGCUACCCAGAUUACGUUCUCGAGGAUCAGAAUGAAAAGCUAGAUCGGGAAUAUGCAAGUCUGAACUUCAGCGAGCACGAGUACUUUGCAAACAUCCUGCAAAACCUCCGCGCUGGAGUCCAGAAAAGCCUGAGGAAGCUCCGGGAGAUGGUUGACCAAGACGUAUGGCUAAUUGGAGCUGCCGUGGUCAAUGCGUUCUAUUCUCCUAACCGAAACCAAAUUGUGUUCCCAGCUGGGAUCCUGCAGCCCCCCUUCUUCAGCAAGCACCAGCCACAGGCCCUCAACUUUGGAGGGAUUGGGAUGGUGAUAGGACAUGAAAUCACACAUGGGUUUGAUGAUAACGGCAGGAACUUUGACAAAGAUGGCAACAUGUUCGACUGGUGGAGCAACUUCUCCGCAACGCAUUUCAAGGAACAGUCCCGCUGCAUGAUCUACCAGUAUGGAAACUAUACGUGGGACCUGGCAGGGGGACAAAAUGUCAGUGGAAUCAACACACUAGGAGAAAACAUUGCUGAUAAUGGAGGCGUCCGUCAGGCCUACAAGGCCUAUUUAAAAUGGGUGGGGAAAGAAGGAAAGGAAUCAAGGUUACCUGGGCUAGAUCUAACCCACAACCAACUCUUCUUCCUCAAUUUUGCACAGGUCUGGUGCGGUUCCUAUAGGCCAGAGUAUGCCAGCCAGUCUAUUAAAACUGAUGUCCACAGUCCAUUGAAGUACAGGGUGAUGGGCUCGUUGCAAAACUUUGACGCCUUUUCCGAAGCGUUCCACUGCAAAAAGGGCACCAUCAUGCACCCCGUCGAGAAAUGCAGGAUCUGGUAGCCAAAAGGACUUCCGCUUCAUAGUCAGACCUCCGCAGUCCAAAACACUGAACUUGUUUGGGUUUUGCCAAUGAAGUGCCUGGUGGUUAAUUGUGUUCCUCCUCUCCACCCACCCAGUUUUGGUCACAGCCAUGGUUUAUGGUGCAGCUAUUGCCACAAUGGUGGGUCAAGCCACAGUGGUGAUUUUGGUGAUUCAACUGUACCUAAGAACUAGUAUUUUUUAAAAAAAAUGCCACCUGUGUUGCUUCAGGAAAGAAAGCAAAAAGACUGUUUCUAAAGACGUCGACUGUUAUUAAGAUACA